CUUACGUAUGGGAGAGCAGUUCCGCAUUCCUGAACCCUCACAGACCAGUACUUAAACGGGCUGAUGCAACGACCUCCGCUAGUCCCUGAACCUACAUCCGACUCCUGACUCCCACACUGUCCCAUUAUUACUGCGGAUUUUGGACGCACAUCAGCGUCCAAACACAGUUGCAUCAUUGACAGAAGACAACUGAGUUUUCUCUGACGGCGGUGGUGGCCGGGUCGGACAUGAUGCCGGGACAGAUACCUGACCCUUCGCUGGCGGCGGGCUCCCUGCCCAGCCUGGGCCCGCUGGCGGGCAUCUCGGCCACCACGCUCACUGAUCAACUCAAGCUGGCUGACUUCCGCCAGCUGGGCACCAUGCUGUCCCCACUGCAUUUCCUGGGGAGGCUGGGGAAGAGGCCGCUGGCCAUCAAGACAGAGAUGGAUGAAGAUGAGGAAAGGAGGAAACGGAGACGAGAGAAAAACAAGGUAGCAGCAGCGCGAUGCCGAAACAAAAAGAAGGAACGGACUGACUUCCUUCAAAGGGAAUCUGAGCGUCUGGAGAUGGUGAACUCCGACCUGAAGGCCCAGAUCGAGGAGCUCCGUCUGGAGAGGCAGCAGCUAAUGGUGAUGCUCAAUCUCCACCGGCCCACCUGCAUCGUGAGGACCGACAGCGUCAAGACACCUGAGAGCGAGGCCAACCCCCUGCUGGAGCAGCUGUCCGUCGACGCCAAGUGAAACCAGGAAACCGGGGACGCGGAGUCCCUGAAGCCCAAACUAGCAGCACCGUGGCAGCCAUUUAAAUGAAAACAUGACUGGCAAUACAUUUCUAAACAAGCACUUGAGCUCCAAGCUGAAGACUUUUGGAGACUCUGCCCAAAGACCUGAGGUUGUAGGGCUUCCCUAGUACUGCUACAUGAGCUGGCUCUGUCCAUUGGAAGACUGGAAAUACCCAGUUUCAUCUCUGCAUUAAGUGUUGUUGUUGACACCCGCUGUGCCUAGUUGUUACUUCAACCAUCUCUACAUAAAGGGACCAAUGGAAACAGUAGAGUACGACUGGAAACAACGCUGAGGAAACACACUAAUAUCAAUAUGGUGCUCUGUUACAAAAGCCCUGCGUAGAUUGUGUGGCAUUGUUUCAAUGCAGAAGCCCACAAAGGCUUAGUGUUCUGCAGUUUUCCUUUUGUAUGCUAGCUGAAAUAUACAGGUGUAGAGUUUUUAGGAUACAAUACUCAAUAGAAGUACACCAGAUGGAGUAUAGUUUUUUGUUUUUUUUAAUGUUGAUUUCUAUACCCUGCCUCGACGAUGGCAGUUACCGGUUGAUCCGAUUUGUGGUGACGCUGGCGUCAUGAAAAGCACAUAUACAAAAAAUGUUUACACCCUUGUUUUUUGGACUUGUUGUCUGUCCAUUAUUGUACUUGUUUUAUACCGCUUUGUAUACAUAAACAUAUAUGAAAUGCUUGUUAA